UAAUAAUUUUGUUGAGGUGUUUAUUGAAGGUGCAUCACGCCCCAACCCAACACCUCAAAUCUUAAAAUCCCGCCAAUAUCAAAAACGGAGCAGACUUUCGAUUUUCGAAUCCUCGGCGGCGUUUCAUCGUUUUCCAUUAAAUUAUGAAAAAUCUAGGGUUUGCUUUAGAAGAAUGAAUUUGGGCGAUCUUAAUAAGGUAUGGGAAAUCAAAGCUUUGAAGCGUAAACCGAAAAAUGAAGAAGCGAACAAGAUUCUUGAGAAAAUUGCUAAACAGGUUCAGCCCAUUAUGCGUAAACAUAACUGGAGAGUUAAACUUCUAUCUGAAUUUUGCCCAAAAAGAGCAGCGCUUUUGGGAUUGAAUGUAGGAGCAGGGAUACAUGUAAAGCUGAGGCUUCGAAGACCGAACAAUGAUGAGGAAUUUUAUCCUUACAAUGAAGUUUUGGAUACUAUGCUUCAUGAACUUUGCCAUAAUGCUCAUGGUCCGCACAAUGCUAGUUUUUACAAACUAUGGGAUGAACUUAGAAAGGAAUGUGAAGAUUUAAUUGCUAAAGGGAUAAGUGGCACAGGAGAAGGGUUUGAUCUCCAUGGAAGACAAUUAGGAGGCCGUCACCCACAGCCAUCCAUGUCGUCUCUUCGGCAAACUGCUGCAGCUGCUGCUGAAAAUCGAGCACGUCUUAAAUCCUUGCUACCAUCUGGGCCUAGACGCCUGGGUGGUGACCAUUCUAUUAAGUCUGCACUUACUCCAAUUCAAGCUGCAGCAAUGGCUGCAGAAAGGAGAUUACAGGAUAAUAUUUGGUGUGGUUCUGAAUUGUGUGAACUAUCAGACUUAGAUGAAACUUCUGAUGCAUUACCUGAGUCAUUACCACUAGGGCAUACUUCUGAUAGAUCCAAGCUCUCUAAUGGGUUUGAUUCACUGUCUUCCAAGGUAAUAUCUCGAAAAAGAAGUCGAGAAUCAAAUUCUGUAUCAUCCUCAAAGUCCUUGCAUGGCCAUACUGUGACUAAGCCAGUAUCUAAGCCCCUGUCUAACCAUGAUAAGGAAAUUGCUCACAGAGUUGGUCAGGCAGAAGGGAAAUCUUAUACUGUGGCAUCAAGAGGUUAUACAGAGUCUUUUAUUGAUUUAACUGGCAAUGCUUCGAGUUCUACAUCAAUACAUGGCCAUGAUGACUUACACAGUCCCAAUGAAUCAAUGAUGUGGGAGUGUUUAAUGUGCACACUGUUGAACCCACCAUUAGCUCCUGUGUGCAAAGUAUGCCAAACCCAAAAGCCCAAAGACGUGGAUGACAGAAAUAGUUUAUGGUCGUGCAAAUUUUGUACCCUGGAUAACAGUCUGAAGUUGGAUCAGUGCACAGCCUGUGGAGAGUGGAGAUAUUCUCACGGCCCUCCUGUAGCAACAUCAGCACCCAAUCUUGGCACUUGAGGCGAACAGGAAUUGUGGGAACUCACAAUUUUUUCUCGAAAUUGUCACUCCUGAUUAUUGAUGUCAAUUUUGCAUUGCCCGUCAGUUGAUCAAGUAUUCAAGAAUUCACCUAGUUUGAAAAACUGAAAAAGCUGUUGGUUUUGCUAAUUGUGCUAAGGUGGUAAUUUUACUUGUGAAUCUCCAAUAGAAGCUUGUUUAUCCACAUACUUCCCUCUCAAUUUUCUUCAUGUCAAUUUCUUAUUAUCGAGAAGUAUGCUAUUCGCAUUUGGAAAGAAAGAAUCAACAUAUCUGCAACAUGUUUUUGUUAUUUUUGGUAGAGUUGAGCUUGUCUUGAAAGAUGUAGAAAGGGAAAUACUCUUUGGAAGAUGUUCACCUCCUCCCUGCAGCAGAUUUUCAUUAUGCCCCUUGAAUAUCUCGAAAGACUGAUUAGGUGGGGACAUGAUUCGAACAUGCAAUCUUCAGGUCAUGAGUCUGAUGAGUUGAUCGAUUCCUCUACCCCACUCCUUCAUUGCAGGUUCUUCUGUAGAGAAAGAACACUGCCAUUUAGCACUCAUGGAUGUGCUGAUUUUAUCUCAAAUUUGAAAAUUGAAAUCCUCGACUCGUAAUGGCAUUUGAACAGAGCAUGCCUCACUAAUUCAGGGGGCUGUGUAGAUAGACCCAGAGAGUGAACAUCAAGUUUUUUCAGGGAUGAUGAACAUGGAAGUUUUCAUGGCUGAUGAUGUAAUUAUUUCAUGGCCAAAUUAUCAAGCUCAACGCGAAUUUGAAUUAAUUGUUCAUGGUGAGCAAAUCCAAAUUAUUAUUAUUA